AUGGUAGGUUGUAGUGGUUCUCAUGUUGUUGAUGUUGUUGUGGGUGAUAAGAGAAUUGUGGAGGUUGAUGAUAAUUCUUCUAGGAUUGAUUCUAUAAUUUGUGAGAGUUCUUUGGUUAACGAUUGUGAUGAUUUUGGUGGUUCGUUGCCUAGUUUUUAUCCAGAACCAGAGAGAGUUUUGUUGUCUGCUAGUUGGAAGAGGAUUAUGCAUAGUGUUGGUCAAGAAUUUGAAGGUGGAGUGCCGGCGUUUCGCAUUGCAUUAGCUAAGUAUGCAGUUGAGUGUGGUUUUGCAGUGAGUUAUUUGAAGAACGAUGCAACAAGAGGGCGUUACAAGGGACAUUUGCUUGCAACAACAUCAAAGGAUGGUAAUCAAGGCUUGUUUCCUUUGGCUUUUGUGAUUGUUGACGCUGAAAAUCAAGAUAAUUGGAUGUGGUUCUUAAGUCAGUUGUUAAAGGUUGUUGGUUCAGGCCGGAGAUUGACUUUUGUGUCUGACCUUAAAUGUGCUUAUGCGCCAACUGUUGCUUCUUUCCAACAUUAUAUGGAGAAAUUGAGGCGUACUGCUGGAAAUGGUAGAGUUGAUAGUAUGUUGGAUGGUUUGCAAAAUGAUAAGUGGGCCAAUGCAUUUUUUAGAGGGAAACGAUAUGGUGAGAUGUCAUCUAAUGCUGCCGAGUCUUACAAUAAUUGGAUUGGUGGGGCUCGUGAGUUGCCUAUUACUUGUAUGGUUGAUAUGAUUAGGAUUCAAAUCAUGACUCAAUUGUCUAAUAGAAGAGCUGAAUCUAAAAGAUGGACUACGAAAUUGUGUCCAAUUAUGGAAAAGAAAUUGGUGGACUUUUUGAAGCUAGCUAAGUCUUGGGAUGUGAUUGUUGCUAGUGAUACUGUGGUUGAGGUUUAUUCUUCUAUUUCUUCUUAUGUUGAUAUUAAUUGUUUUAGAGAGUCAUACAAGGAAUCUAUUUAUCCAGUGCCUUCAAGUGAGAGAUUUGACUUUGAUGGUGCCGGUAGUUCGAUUAUCAAACCUCCUAUAACGAAGAAGCAACCUGGGCGGAACAAGAAGAAGAGGAUACCUUCUAGGGGUGAGAAUGUGAAGCAGAUUAAGUGUGGAAGGUGCUUGAAAUAUGGGAAUCACAAUAAGAAGACAUACAAGGCUGCUAUUUGA